AUGUCUCUGCAAACGGAACGAGAUAUUCAGAUAUCCCGUAUUUGGAUACACCCUUUCAAAAGUGCAAGCCCAAUCGAAGUCACGAAGGUGUUGGUAGAUUCAAGAGGACUUCAAUAUGAUCGGAUAUACAUGCUGGUUGAGGAAGAGAAGAGAGAACCUGGACAAUACAAGUCUAUGAGCCAGAAGCGAUAUCCGAUGAUGGCUUUAUUGAGGCAGACGAUAGAUGACAAGGAUGUCGAUCUCGCCAGAACGUUGACGGUGACGGAUUCCAAUACCGAGGAUCAGAUCGAACUCCCACUGGUACCGGACGUGUCCGAGCUGGCACAGAUUCAAACCACAAUGCCAUUCUACCCUCGGCCUCUCAUGGUUUGGGACAUGGGAGACGAGCCGGCCGCAUUUUUCUCGAGAUUCAUGCGAAGAGCUUGUAGAGUCGUCUAUCGAAACCCGACACGCGAAGUUUACGGACCCCAGCCAGAGACAGGGUAUCGAUUAACCAAUACUCUUUUCAAGUGGGUAUGGCCGCGUAACUAUUUCACCAACCUAACCGACGCUGCACCACUUCACAUCAUAACCGAAGAAAGCCUGAAGAAGCUGACGUUGAUGAAUGGUGGCCUCGAGGUGACUCCAGCGCGUUUUCGACCCAAUAUCAUGCUAUCUGGUUGCAAAGCGUGGGAUGAGGAGACUUGGAAGAUGAUUGAGGUGGAAAAUGUUGGUAAAAUUGCCGUGACUGGUCGCUGCCCCCGAUGCGGUGUCCCGGACGUGGACGAGGAAACAGGAAAAAAAGACCCCUUGAAUCGGCCAGGGACUCUACUACAGAAACUCCAUACCACUGAUCCGAGCCUCAAAUGGGGCAGUCGACCAAUGUUUGGCAUGUGGGCUAUUAAUUUGUUCUCUGGUCAAGUUAUUUCCACGAGUACUAAGGUACGGGUGACUCAAAGGGGCUAUCACGAGCUGUUCUACCCGUGA